CUUAUAUUUUGUCUUAAUUUGGUAUCACAGUUGGAUACAAACAGUUGCCCUUUGAGAUCGACUUUGAUUAGGAUACCACAGGCAUCAUAUAUAGAGAGAGAAAGAGAGAGAUUGUGUGUUUGUGUGUGUGAGAUAGAGAGAGAAAGAGAAACAUUUUCUGGUUGAUAUAAGUUGAGAAAAGAGAUGGGUUAUUGGAAAUCAAAGGUUCUGCCUAAGAUCAAGAAGGUUUUUGAGAAAAACGGUACAAAGAAGGCUGCUGGUGAAGCAUGCAAGUCAUUCGAUGAUUCUAAGGAAGAGUAUAGUAAGGAGUUUGAAGAGAAAAAGACUGAGCUCCAACCAAAAGUUGUUGAAAUCUAUGAAGCUUCAUCAGCUGAGAUCAAGACUUUGGUUAAGGAACCCAAGGACGUAGGGUUGAAAAAGCACUCUACUGAUGUUCAGAAGUUUCUUGAUGAGCUCGUCAAAAUAGAGUUUCCGGGAUCAAAACCAGUCUGUGAAGCAGCUUCCAAGUUCGGGCCAUCACUGGUUCCGGGCCCAGUCUUCUUUGUGUUCGAGAAGGUGUCGACGUUCAUCGUGACGGAGGUGGUGGAGCAGCCACCGGCAGCCGCCACUCCAGCUGAAGAAGAAACAAGUGGGAAAGAGAAGGAUAUAGUGAUUGAGGAAGAGAAGAAAGAAGAAGUAGUGGUGGUGGCCGAGCCCGAGAAGGCCGAAGCGGCCGAGGCGGCUCCACCACCCAAGGCGGCGGAAGUAGCAGAGCCACCAAAGCCAUGACCCACAUGAAACAAACAAGCUAGAGGUGGACUUAAUCAGUGUGUCAAAGUUUACAUAAAAAAAAAAGAAAAAAAGAAAAAAGAAAAAAAAAAACAUAAUUUGUUAUUUUUUUUUUUUUGGAUAUUCUCUGUCCCUGUCAAUCCUUCUUGUCUGCAUGAUUGUAACUGCUACAGUCUAUAUUUUGCUUUGUUUUAUAAGCUUUUUCAUGUUUUUGUGCAUUAAUUGGUUAUGUGAAUUUACAUUCUUGAGA